UUUUACAUCACGACGCAGCGCAUUUACGGUCAAAAGCCAGAGACAAUACGAAAACCGACGCAGAAUGGCGUCUGCCAGGGGCCCAGGAAGCUGAAUAACACCCAUACACGCGCAAAAGGACAUGAUGGACACACAACUUAACCAAUGGGAGCGAGGUUAAUGAUGCUUUAACCAGUAGUUUUUCACCAUUAAAUAAUAGGCGGGACCGCAUGGAGCAGAUUGUGCUGUCAUACAUGUUCCUGGUGUGUCGACGUUACUGAUCGUUUCCUGCACUGUUGCAUGGUGGUCGAACAGGAGGAAUUGUUGGAAAUUUUUCGGAGCAGCUAAAGCAUAUCUGUCUCUCCAGCAGCUAAAGCAUGCUCUUGGCUCAGUUAAACCGGGACUCCCAGGGAAUGUCAGAGUUUCACGAUGCAGACGGACAGCCUGUUACACUGUGUCUGACAGAAGCAGUGACGGUGGCAGAUGGUGAUCAGAUGGAGAGCAUGGACACAGUGAGCCUGCAGGCCGUUACACUUGCAGAUGGUUCCACAGCGUAUAUCCAACAUGACUCCAAAGCUUCCUUUUCAGAUGGGCAGAUCAUGGAUGGUCAGGUGAUCCAGCUGGAGGAUGGCUCUGCUGCCUACGUGCAGCAUGUGUCCAUGCCUAAAGCAGGAGGGGACAGUUUACAGCUUGAAGAUGGGCAGGCUGUACAGUUAGAAGAUGGAACUACUGCAUAUAUUCACACACCAAAAGAUACGUAUGACCAAAGUGGCUUGCAAGAGGUCCAAUUGGAGGAUGGUAGUACUGCCUACAUCCAGCACACAGUGCACAUGCCUCAGUCCAACACCAUCCUGGCCAUCCAGGCUGAUGGCACCAUCGCUGACCUGCAGGCUGAGGCAACGGCCAUCGACCCAGAAACCAUUAGCGUGCUGGAACAGUACGGCACCAAGGUGGAAAAUGUAGAAAGCUCCUUUGGCAGAGUGGAAGCAGACAAUGGUGUCCACAUGCGGAUUGUGUUACAGGGUCAAGACAACAGGCCAGCAAGAGUGUCAAACGUGGGAGAAAAGUCUUUCCGCUGUGAAUAUGAAGGCUGUGGGAAGCUCUACACCACUGCCCAUCACCUCAAGGUUCAUGAGCGCUCACACACUGGAGACAAACCCUAUGCUUGUGAUUAUCGUAACUGUGGGAAAAAGUUUGCAACAGGGUAUGGACUGAAGAGUCAUUCACGUACACACACGGGAGAGAAGCCAUACAGAUGUCAGGAAAUGAACUGCUGCAAGUCCUUUAAAACCUCUGGAGACCUUCAAAAGCACACAAGGACUCACACAGGAGAAAAGCCUUUUAAAUGCCCAGUUGAAGGCUGUGGCAGGUCAUUUACCACCUCUAACAUCCGCAAAGUUCACAUCCGAACACACACUGGAGAGCGGCCAUAUUACUGCUCUGAGCCUAGCUGUGGACGGUCAUUCGCUAGUGCCACGAAUUACAAGAACCAUAUGAGGAUUCACACUGGAGAAAAACCAUACGUAUGCACAGUGCCUGGAUGUGAAAAGCGCUUCACAGAAUACUCCAGCCUUUAUAAACACCAUGUUGUCCAUACACCCUGCAAACCUUACAACUGCAACCACUGCGGGAAAACCUACAAGCAGAUUUCAACACUCGCCAUGCACAAACGCACAGCACACAACGACACAGAGCCCAUUGAGGAGGAACAGGAGGCUUAUUUUGAACCCCCAACAGAUGCAAUUGAUGAUCCAAAUGUGAGUUACACAUCGACUGGGGUUGAAGCAGAUGACUCUGGCUCAGAGCAGGUUCCUACAGAGACCUCUGACAUGGUCGCUCAGCAGCAUGUUGCCUUGGUAACUCAGGAGGAUGGAACACAACAACAGGUCAGUAUCUCUGAAGCAGACUUACAAGCAAUGGGUGGCACAAUCACCAUGGUAACACAAGAAGGAACAACCAUAACCAUCCCUGCCCAUGAACUGGCAACGCAAGGUGCUCACUCAGUUACCAUGGUAGCAACAGACUGCUCAGAUGAACAGGUGGCCAUUAUGACACCUGAUAUGGCCUCAUUCCAAACUGUGGAGGAGGCAAACUACACCCAAGAGCAGGAAGAUAUUCAUCCUGUCACGUUAUUGGCCACCUCUAAUGGGACUCACAUUGCUGUGCAGCUUAGUGAUCAGCCUUCGCUUGAGGAAGCCAUUAGAAUAGCAUCAAGAAUACAGCAAGGAGAGUCUCCAGGACUGGAUGAUUGAUGGACUGGAUGAUGAUGGACAUUUAAGACCAUUACCAUUUUAAAUGGACUUUAUUAAUGGGAGUAAUCAUGUGUCUUCCUCCUUUUUUUUCCACAACUGAACUUAGCUUUUAUGUGUACAUAGAAUUUUGAUAACUGGAGUUCUGCUAUGCUAUUUUGUCCCUCACCUGAAAGAUGGGAGACGGGGAAGAAAAUGCGUUGUAAUGUUUAUGGUUCACAAUGCACAGUGCAGUGUACAGUUAAUGCUGUUUCUAAUUAAA